GAAACAACAACAGCAACUAGCGCACAAGACAUUUUGUGGCAACCAAAUUUUCAACCUUUCCCAACACUCAAAGGCCUGUCUAACGUAUGAAGAGUACACAGUUGUAAGGACAUCAAGCCAGUUACUAACGAUCAACAAUGUCUGAUACAGCUGGAAAGCCAAUUAAAUGCCUUGCUGCAGUAGCCUGGGAGCCAAAGAAACCACUGAGUAUUGAAGAAGUUGAAGUAGCACCACCAAAAGCUGGAGAAGUUAGAAUCAAAGUCCUUUCAACUGGUGUUUGCCAUACCGAUGCAUACACUCUGAGUGGGCAAGACUCUGAAGGAAAAUUUCCAGUUAUUCUUGGUCAUGAAGGAGGUGGAAUAGUGGAGAGUGUUGGCGAAGGAGUAACUUCCUUAAAACCUGGUGACCAUGUUGUACCAUUGUAUAUUCCACAAUGUUACAACUGCAAAUUCUGCAAGAAUCCCAAAACUAACUUGUGCAGUGUCAUUAGAUCUACUCAAGGAAAUGGUGUUAUGCCAGAUGGAACAAGCAGGUUCACAGUGAAAGGCCAAACAGCAUAUCAUUUUAUGGGAACAAGCACCUUUAGUCAAUACACUGUUGUUGCAGAGAUCUCUUGCUGCAAGGUUUCAGAUGCAGCUGACCUUGGAAAAGUAUGUCUUCUUGGCUGUGGCAUUUCCACAGGAUAUGGAGCUGCAUUGAACAGUGCAAAUGUCGAGAAAGGAUCUACCUGUGCUGUAUGGGGCCUUGGUGCUGUCGGCUUAGCAGUGAUCAUGGGGUGCAAGGCAGCUGGUGCAUCAAAAAUCUAUGCUAUUGACAUCAAUCCAGAUAAAUUCAAAAUGGCCAAGGACUUUGGUGCAACUGAUUUUGUCAACCCAAAAGAUCAUGAUUCCAAACCCAUUCAGCAGGUUUUGGUAGAAAUGACUGAUGGAGGUUUUGAUUACACUUUUGAAUGUGUUGGAAAUAUUCAUACAAUGCGUGCUGCUCUAGAAUCGUGUCACAAGGGUUGGGGAGUCAGUACUAUCAUUGGUGUUGCUGGGGCUGGGCAGGAGAUCAGCACCCGUCCGUUCCAGUUGGUGACUGGUAGGCGAUGGCAAGGCAGUGCUUUUGGAGGCUGGAAGAGCAGGGAAAGUGUACCAAAGCUAGUCGAUGAGUAUCUGGCCGGCAAGUUGAAGAUUGAUGAAUUCAUUACUCAUCAUGUUAAACUUGAAGAGAUCAACCAUGCAUUUCAAUUAAUGCAUGAAGGGAAAAGCAUACGGGCCAUCGUCAACCUCUGAAGCUUGAAGGCUGAUGCUUUGCAGCUCAUGGAAUGUCUUAAUGACUAACAUUUGAUUGUUAAUAUAAAACCACUUGAGUCCA